AUGUUUAAUUCACGAUCACCGAUGGAAUUCCUACUAAUUAUUACUUUUUCUAUUUUUCAACAGGUAGUUGCUUUUCCUGGAACUUUUAUGUCUGGUGAACGAGAUAACUAUGGACGAUUUGAUCCAGAUUCGACAUUAAAUGGUUUUUUUCCAUUUUGGGGAUUUGUUUUACUAAUAUUAUCAAUGUUAUUUUUGAUUAUUGCCGCAAUUGGUUUUAUUGGCUAUUUAGUUGGAUGUAGGUCACCUCCUGAGCGUUUUCGUCAGACAUUAGAUCCAGCCACAUUCUAUCCUUAA